GCCCCUGUUACCGAGAGAAAGGGAGCUUUUGCCAAGGACUCCGAGGGGAGAUAAAUGCUGGGAGUGGACUCAGCCCUCCCCGAGACAUUGUGUGAGCUGGGCCAGGCCUCCAGACACAGCCUCUCCCACCCACCCCAGCCAGGGUGGUGCUUGUGUGGGAAGGACUUUAAAUCCAGCUGCCAGACCCCUGAAUGGGAGAGGCAGAGAGUUCUGGCCACCAUGCACAGCUCUCACAGUCUCUUGGCGCUCCUGCUGCCGCUGCUGCUACUGCUGGUGGCCAUCACAGGCCCCGCUGGAGCCCUCAGUGAUGAUGAGAAACACGUGAUGGUGAAGCUGCACAACCUCUACCGUGCCCAGGUGUCUCCACCGGCUGCCGACAUGCUGCAAAUGAGGUGGGACGAGGAGCUGGCCGCCUUCGCCAAGGCCUACGCGCAGCAGUGCAUUUGGGGCCACAACAAGGAGCGUGGGCGGCGCGGCGAGAACCUGUUCGCCAUCACGGACGAGGCCAUGGACGUGCCGCUGGCCGUGGAGCAGUGGUACCAAGAGCACGACCACUACAACCUCAGCGCUGGCACCUGCGACCCGGGCCAGAUGUGCGGGCACUACACGCAGGUGGUCUGGGCCAAGACCGAGCGGAUUGGCUGUGGCUCCCACUUCUGCGAGAAGCUCCAGGGAGUUGAGGAGACCAACAUCCAAUUGCUGGUUUGCAACUACGAGCCCCCGGGGAACGUGAAGAGGCAGAGGCCCUACCAGGAGGGGACUCCGUGCUCCCAGUGUCCCUCUGGCUACCACUGUGAGAUCUCCCUCUGUGAACCCAUUAGAGGCCCUGAAGAGGCUGAGGAUUUGCCUUACCUGGUAACUGAGGCCCCAUCUUCCCUGGCAACUGAGGUCCCUUCCGUUUUGGCAACUCACAGCCAGCUCUCCUUGGAUGAGGGGCCAGCCACCUUCCCCAAAUCAACCCAUGAUCCCACCCCCAAGUCAGCAGACAGAGAGGCCAGCAGGACAAGAAUGCCCUCCAGAAGCCCAGAGAGUUCUCUGCACCCUAAGGUGUCCCUAACAGGGACACAGGAGCCACUACCCUACUCCCCGGAGGAGGGCGAGGCUGAGGCCGAGUUACCUCCUUCCACUGAGGUCUCGGCCUCAGUUAUUCCAGUCCAGGAUGAGCCAGGUGCAGAGGGCCCUGGAAAGCCUGGCAUCAAGUCAGGGCUGAACUCGGGCGGUGGUCGUGUCUGGGUCCCUCUCCUGGGACUGCUACUACUGCCUCCCCUGGUGUUGGCUGGAAUCUUCUGAAGGGGUCACCACUCGAAGGCAAGGCCUGGUGGGGGCACCCUGGCCUCGCCCCCUCUGGAGUGUGUUUCUCUGAGUAAGAGGCCACAGCUUACUGGGCAGGUCCUGCUCUGUGGCCCAGCAGCCCCCCUUCACCCCACCUUCUGGCCGGACUCGAGGCCAGUGUGCUUGUGCCCUGAGGAGGCCUCUACAGGGCCACACCCUGGCAGUGCCCCAGGAGUGCCUCUGCCUCCAGGGAGUCCGCUCCUCAGCUAGCUGCACAUUGCUCUGAGUGGUGUUCCUGUGGCCUCAAGUGCCCGUUCUCCAGUUGUCCUGCGGCCAUGGCCUGCUCUUCUAGGGACAGAAGAUCUCAGGAUGUCCCAGGAGCCCCUUGGCCCCUCCAGUCCCCUGGCCUCUUCCUGGAGCCAUCUGAGUCCUGGGCUGUUCCCAGGAGUGCCUCCUGCUUUCCCAGGGUGAAGAGGUCAGCUGUCCUCCUGCCAUCUCUCUCACCCUGUCCCCAGCCCCCCAAACAAGACACAUCUUGGCUGAAGGCCCUCUGGAGGCUGCAGGGCAUGUGACUCACCCACAGACAUCUUGGGGCAUGAGGCCUGGCCGGCUGCGAGCUCAGGUUGCUGCCCGACGACUGCACACCUGGCCUGGACUCCUCCUGCCUCUCCUCUCUCAGUCCGGGGCGGGUGGGUGGGGGUUCUGGGGAGAGCCCUGCCUGCCUGGCCGAGGGCUGCCUGCCUGUGCAGGGUAGGGGUUCUCCCUGAGUGCCUUCCUCCCCUACUUGCCUGUGUAACUUGGGGGGCGGUGUAAGGGGACUAGCCUCACCCGAGCAGAGUUCUCUGGGUGGGGCAGGCAGGGGCCAGGGAAGGGAAGCAGCCCCUGACUCCUGAAUAAAGCCUGUGCUCGAG